GCGCCGGCGGGGCGUGGUCGGGCGGGCCAGCGGGCUCUCGUCCAGCGGGCCGCGUAGCGGACAUGGCGGGCUCCCGGCUCCCGCGGCAGCUCUUCCUCCAGGGCGUGGCCGCCGUUUUCUUGUUCGCCUUCGCGUCCCUCUACACACAGAUCCCGGGCCUGUAUGGCACCGAGGGCAUCCUGCCUGCGCGGAGGACACUGCGGCCUCAGGGCAAGGGGCCCUGGCAGCAGCUGUGGGAGACCCCGACGCUGCUGUGGGAGGCACCUAGACUCGGGCUGGACACAGCACAGGGCCUGGAGCUGCUGAGCCUGCUGGGCGCCCUGCUGGCCCUGGGCGCCCUGCUGCUGCCCCAGCUUCGCCACCUCCUCGUCUACCUGCUGCUCUGGGCUGCCUACCUGUCUGCCUGCCAGGUGGGCCAGGUGUUCCUUUAUUUCCAGUGGGACUCCCUGCUGCUGGAGACUGGCUUCCUGGCUGUGCUGGUGGCCCCUCUGUGGCAACCCCCCCACCAUAAGCAGCCCCCCCAGGGUGGGCUGGCUGGGGCCUUGCCCCAUGAAGCCCUCCCCUUCUGGCUCGUGCGCUGGCUGCUGUUUCGCCUCAUGUUCGCCUCGGGUGUGGUCAAGCUGACCAGCCGUUGCCCCGCGUGGUGGGGGCUCACUGCCCUCACCUACCACUAUGAGACGCAGUGCCUGCCCACACCUGCCGCCUGGUUCGCCCACCACCUGCCCGUCUGGCUGCACAAGCUCAGCGUGGUGGCCACCUUCCUCAUCGAGAUCGCCGUGCCCCCUCUGUUCUUCGCCCCUGUGCGCCGCCUGCGCCUGGCUGCCUUCUACGCCCAGGUCCUGCUGCAAGUCCUGAUCAUCGUCACCGGCAACUACAACUUCUUCAACCUGCUCACCCUGGUGCUCACCACUGCCCUCCUGGACGACCAGCACUUGGCUGCCAGGUCUGGCAACAGCCGCCGCAGAAAGACACCUGCCUCCCGGCCCAAGGCCCUGCUGGCCCUGCUGCUGGAACUGACCGUCUAUGGGCUGCUGGCCUAUGGCACCGUGCACUACUUUGGCCUGGAGGUCGACUGGGAGCACCACACCAUCCGCUCCAGAACCACCUUCACCUUCCACCAGUUCUCCCAGUGGCUGAAGACGGUGACCCUGCCCACCAUGUGGCUGGGGGGUGCCUCCCUCGCCUGGGAACUGCUGGCCGCCCUCUGGAGGUGGACCCAGGUGCGAGGGUGGCUGCGGAAGCUCUGGGCUGCAGUCCAGCUGUCCAUCUUUGGCUCCGCCACCGUGGCCAUGUUCCUGGUCAGCCUGGUGCCGUACUCCUACGUGGAGCCCUCCACCCACGGGCGCCUCUGGACAGAGGCCCACCGCCUGUUUGGCGCCGUGGAGCACCUGCAGCUGGCUAGCUCCUACGGCCUCUUCCGACGGAUGACCGGUCUGGGUGGGCGGCCUGAGGUGGUGCUGGAGGGCAGCUACGAUGGGCACCACUGGACGGAGAUCGACUUCAUGUACAAGCCUGGGAACGUGAGCUGGCCGCCCCCCGUCGUGGCACCCCACCAGCCACGCCUUGAUUGGCAGAUGUGGUUCGCCGCCCUGGGCCCACACACGCACAGCCCGUGGUUCACCAGCCUGGUGCUCUGCCUGCUGCAGGGCAAGGAGCCAGUGAUCCGCCUCAUCCAGCACGACGUGGCCAGGUACCCCUUCCACAAGCAGCCGCCCACCUACGUGCGGGCCCAGCGUUACAAGUACUGGUUCUCACAGCCUGGGGAGCAGGGCCAGUGGUGGCGACGCCAGUGGGUGGAGGAAUUCUUCCCACCUGUGUCCCUGGGGGACCCGACGCUGGACACGCUGCUCAGGCAGUUCGGCUUCCAGGACAAGAGCCCGCCCCGGGCCCGCAGCUCUGGCAACUCCCUCGCCCGGGCCCUCCUCUGGGUGCGGAAGCAGCUCUCCCCGCUGGAGGCGCCUACGCUGCUCUGGGGACUCAUCCUCGCCGUGGGGGCCGUCAGGGUCGUGCAGGCCCUGCUGGGGCCCCGUCCCUCCCGGUCCUCCCCUCCCCCCAGGGAGGAGAAGCACAGGCCAGCCCCCAAGAAGGACCCGGGGGCUGCCACUGAGCAGGCCGCUCCAGCCCCCAGCAACUGCAACAGCAGCUCCCAGACCACCCGGCGGAAAAAGUAGCCACACUCUUGUCGGCCGCGUGUCCAGAGAGGGUGGGGUCCCUGGCACACCUCCAGCCUUCCGGAGCAGCGUGCAGCCCGGCCACUGAGCCCGAGCCAGCUGUCCAGGCAGAUUCGGGCUGGGGCGUCGCCCUCGGGGGCAGGCUCUGUCCACCCCGCUGCUUCCAGGGUCCACAUGUCCCCCGUACCAACCACGUCCCUCCCCGGUGCACCUUCUGGCCUGGACAGUGGCCCCAGAGGCGGCUGUGUGACCGGCUCAAGGCCCUUCCCAGGACGUGGUCGUCAGGACUGUGGGUGUCCGGGUCUGCGGGGGCCUGGAUCUGGUGCCGUGACCACGGCACCUGCUCGAGAGAGAAGAGAUAGCCUUGGCACGGUGUCUCCACACGCGCCCGCCCCGUCACUCGGUCCAUGAGCCAAUAAAGGCUUCUUUGUGCCUGA